UUCGAUCUUGAUUACUCUCGCCUGAGCUAGAUAGGGCCUUGCUUCUGAUGGGAGUUUAGUGUGGUCUUUAUUACGCUAGAUCAUCCCGUUUCAGCCUUUUAACGUCCACGUUAUCGUAAUAAACUAUGGCAGACGACGAAUUAGAGGCGAUUAGGCGGCAAAGGAUGGCGGAGCUGCAAGCAAAGACCGGGGACGGUUCAAAUAAUCAGCAAGGAGAGGAGGCCAAGCAACGAGAAUCUGAUAUGAGGAACUCCAUUUUGGCUCAAGUCCUAGACCAGUCUGCCCGUGCCAGAUUGAGCAAUCUUGCUUUGGUGAAACCAGAGAAGGCAAAUGCAGUUGAAAACUAUCUCAUUCAAAUGGCUCGUUUUGGAAAGUUAGGAGGAAAGAUUUCAGAGUCAGGUUUGAUCGAGAUCCUGGAAAAAGUCAGUCAGCAAACAGAGAAAAAGACGACUGUCACAUUCAACAGAAGGAGGGUGAUGGACUCCGAUGAUGAGGACGAUUACUAACUUCAAACAGGAGCCCUGGAAUGAGUCAAGGAGGCAGGAGAUGAUGCGUUUUACUGGGACUUUGACCUGUUUGCUAAAUCCUGGGAUGCCACACUGGCCUCUGUGUGUCUUUGCAAACUACAAACCAAGCAGCAAGAACAAGGACAUUUGGUUGAUACUGUAUCACAUGGAGGAGGGUAGAACGCACACAGUGUCAAAGAUCUUCUUUUGCAACAGAUGUUGCUACAAAUUAUACUGCUUGUGUUUUACCACUGACAACUGAUGGCACUGUUGGGCUACUCCAGUCCUUCAUCUUUCUCCUCUUAUUUUGCCCUUAGAAGAUGUUUUUCAAACAAAAGAAGCUAGGCAAAAUGCAAAACAAGCUGCUGCUGAUGCAUUUUGUCUAGACUGUUCAUACAAUAUCUUGUUUUCUAUUCCAGGCUAACAUCUGUUUAGCUUUGAAUGGUCUUGGAUUUUUUUCUUGUUGCUGACAUGUAUCUUAAGUGUUUACGUAAAACUUUAAAAACAAACAAAAAAAGUGAUUUUUUUUUGUAAGAUCUCAUAUGAAUAAGUCUUCGCAUUUGGGAUUUUACAUUAAGUUGAAAAGAAGACGUUUGCAGCAUCAAUACACACUUUCUGUUUGGUUAUGGAUGAGAAAACAUCCUUUUGCUGAUUCACUUUAACAUUUCACAUUUGCAGUUUCUGAAGUGUUAAUAGAUUACCAAAUGUAUCCUAAAACUUUUUUUUUUUUUUUUUUUAAAUAAAAUGAAAUAAGGUAUGUGUAGCAUA